GCUCUUCUGUCUUUGCUUCUCCAGGCGCAACGGCACUCAGCUCUCCCAAGCCCUCUCCCUCCCCUCCGAGAAACCCUCGCGUUUGGAGACGACAAAGCGCACGCGGUGGUAGACACCCUAAAGGUUUAGCUUUAUUUCGAUCUCCGGCACCCAACCAAAACUCAACGCCUCCGCUUCACGAGAAAGAGGUGUAUGAUCUUCAAAGGUAUCCACCAUCUGUGCCCAAGUCAGGUCGUCCUCUUGCCUACGGCCAGCCUAUGCCCGAGGCCCGCCCGAACGCCUUUUCACACCCGUGGUUUUUCGCUGCCGCCACAAAAUAAGCGAACCAAGCACUCAACCACCUGGAUAGCAAAAGCGACGCGCGGAGGGCGGUUGGAUAGGAAGCUUGGCCACCACCAUGUCGGGAAACAUCAACAUUUCGGGCACGGAGCCCAUCGAUGACCCAGAGUACAGGUACAAGAUGCCUCGCGUUAUCGGAAAAGUCGAGGGAAGGGGCAACGGUAUCAAGACCGUCAUCUUCAACGUGAUGGACCUGUCCCUCGCCCUCAAGCGCGACCCGGGAGAGGUCUGCAAGUUCUUCGGCACCGAGCUGGGCGCGCAGACCCGCUACAACGAGGAGGACGAGCGCGCUAUCGUGAACGGCGCGCACACGAACGCCACCCUCCAGCAGCUGGUGCACAAAUACGUUGAGCUCUUCGUCCUCUGCCCCAACUGCCGCCUCCCCGAGUCUAAGUACAAGAUCAAGAACGGCGCAAUCUUCCACAAGUGCUACGCCUGCGGGGCCAAGGAAAUGGUGGACAUGUCCCACAAGCUCUGCACGUACAUCGUCAACACCGCAAAGAAGGCCAAGAAGAGUAAGGACAAGGACGCGGCCAAGGACUCGAAGGAGAGGAAGCGCGAGAAGAAGGAGAAGAAGAAGGAAGAGGUAUCUCUGAACGGCGAUGAUUCUGCCAAGGAGAAGAAGGACAAAAAGAAGAAGGACAAGAAGAAGCGGGACAAGGAGAACACCUCCGAUGACGGCGAGACCAAGACCACCGUCAACGAGUUCGGCGAUGUGGUUGCCACGUCGGGAAGCCUGGAGGUGGAAGACGCCGUAGCCUUCGACGACUCCGUGGCCGCCAUUCGCCGCCACCUCGACGACGGUACUUCCAACGAAAACAUCUUCGAGGAAAUCCGCACGGCCCAGACAUUCGCCGCGUUCCCAGUCCACUACCGCAUCCACCUGUUUGUGGCCGCCUCUUUCGCCACCGCCGACAAGGUGACAAAGGACGACAUCGAGUCGCGGGCUGCCAUGUUCGACAUGCUCAAGUCUCGGCCUGAUGACCAGAGGCACAUCAUCGGCGCCUUCGAGCUCCUGUGCCAGGUGCACCGCCCCAACCUGGUGGGCUUCUUCCCCGUGAUCCUCAAGCACCUCUACGACUCGGACAUCGUCGAGGAGGAGGCGAUGCUAAUGUGGGCCGGGGAGCAGGGGCGCUCCGAGGAGUUCACGCCGCCCGCGCUGAGCGACGAACAGGUGGCGGCGCUGCGCGCCAAGGCCACCCCAUUCGUGACCUGGCUGGAGGAGGCCGACGAAGAGGAUGGAGACGAAGACGACGAUGACGACGAAGAUGAUGAGGACGAAGAAGACAGUCCUUAAAACCCAACCCUCCACCUUCCCUGCUCGUUUGCCGGGACGGCACUCGCAGGAAGCCCCGGUUGACCGAUAAUUCCUAUCCAAGCGUUUUGGGGAAGAGACGGCGUGGGCAGGGGGGGGAUCGGCGUGAUGUGACUCGACUACCGUCGCACAGAGAUGUGUACACACAGUACGUAGACGUCAUUUUUUUUUCGUUUUCUUACCGUAGAUGUCGGAUAACGAGGACAACGCCCUUGUUCGCCCUGCAAUCGAUGGUGUGAGUUGGGUGUCUUUGUCAAGGGUAUGACCCAUGGGGCGGUUGGUUGUAGCCGACGGGUAUGGUAGUUUCAAUCCACGUAUGUGAGUGCUGGCACACACUGCUGUGUUUGCCCUAUGCUAGGUGCCGUGAUUCGCUGCUUUUGCUCGUCUACAUGGUGCUGAACGGCGAGAGACGGUGCGUGUCUUCUUGCCAUGUGGGCUUUUGCCUCCUGUGUGCGUUCUCUUGAGCUUUGCCGCUAAUCUAUGGCGGGUGUAUCGCGCUGGGUUUUGAUUCUCUGACGCGGUGAGUUUGUUGGCUUGAAACUAUGCUCUGGAAGGUAGAUUCUCCCGUUUUGUUCGAAAGUUGGACGGGCUCGCGGAGCUAGCUCCGCCCCCCCCAGUUUUUCCUGGAAAUCGUUUGUUCUAUUCAAUGCACUCAAAAUGUACAAUAUUCCCGACAAGUGGGUGGAGGACGUGAAGCUCUGUGCACUCUUCGGUCCGUAGAAACAAUGCCAUGGGCACUCGGAUGUGUGGGGAGUUUGCCCCUGAGCGUCGGGGGGUUUGGGUCGGGGGCAAUUACUUGGGGGCAUGUUCGUUGUGUGGCUCUGCUAAGAGAGCCACGCCCCGAGAACCGCCCGUUGGAGUAGUUCUUUGUUUGAAUCGAACUACUUGUUCAACCUUAGGGAGAACCGCCGCUUUUCAUCGUCGGUUGCAAAUGUUUACCUUCUAAAUAGAAAGGGAUUUGAGUUUUUGAUCGAACAAUAACGACCUUUUCCAUCGUG